GUGACCGGAAGUUAGCCUGUCAGCGUGACGUCAGACUGUAGCUACUGCUUAGCCGACUUCAUGCCAACAAACCCCCACAGUUUGCAUCUGUUAAGGGGCUUGGGUCAGUGAUUGCACAGCGUGGGAUAAGGAGGCUGCGCCAUGAUGGUCCCCAUCUUCACGCUGAAGCUGAACCACAAGAUUAACCCCCGCAUGGUGGCUGUUGGGAAGUUUGAUGGAGUGCACCCGUGUCUUACAGCGGCCACGCAAGCUGGAAAGGUUUUCAUCCACAACCCUCAUGAUCGCGGUCAGAGACCUGCGGGCCAUCGCCUGAGCCAGAGCGCGCAUGACUCGGACGUCUCUCUUCUCAACAUCAACCAGGCCGUAACAUGUUUGACUGCAGGGACACUGGGUCCAAACAGCACUGGAGACACGCUCCUUGUGGGAUCUCAGACCAACCUGUUAGCUUAUGAUGUUCACGACAAUACAGACGUAUUUUACAGAGAUGUCACAGAUGGAGCGAAUGCUAUUGUGUUGGGUAAACUGGGAGACAUCUCCUCUCCUCUCGCCAUCAUUGGAGGGAAUUGUGCCUUGCAAGGUUUUGACUAUGAAGGGAACGACCAUUUCUGGACAGUAACUGGUGAUAAUGUUAGGUCUCUGGUGCUCUGUGACUUCACUGGAGAUGGGAAAAAUGAGCUUCUUGUUGGGUCUGAGGACUUUGACAUCAGGGUAUUCAAAGAGGAUCAACUUGUAUCCGAGAUGACAGAAAACGAGACAGUGACGUCAUUAUGUCAUAUGCAUGGCAGUCGGUUUGGCUACGCUCUGGCUAAUGGCACCGUUGGAGUCUAUGACCGCACAGCCCGCUACUGGAGGAUCAAGUCUAAGAACCAUGCAAUGAGCAUCCAUGCCUUUGACUUGAAUGGUGAUGGAGUUGUGGAACUCAUCACUGGCUGGUCCAACGGAAAGAUUGAUGCACGAAGCGACCGCACAGGGGAGGUUAUCUUUAAAGACAAUUUCUCCUCAUCUGUAGCUGGAGUGGUGGAGGGAGACUACAGGUUAGACGGACAGAAACAACUAAUCUGCACCUCCAUAGAAGGAGAAGUUCGUGGUUACCUGCCAGCCAGUAAGGAUUUAAAAGGUAAUCUCAUGGACUCCAACACUGAACAGGAUCUCAUUCGGGAGCUCAGCCAGCGCAGACAGAACCUACUGCUUGAGCUACGCAACUAUGAAGAAAAUGCCAAGGGCGUGUCACAGACAAACAGCAGGAUGGGUGUAAUACCAGCCAACACUCAGCUGCAGACAGCGCUGUCGGUCAGAGCUUCUACGGAGGCCCAGAAGGCUCAUGUAGAGCUCAGCAUCUCAACUCCAAAUGAAACAAUCAUCCGUGCAGUUCUCAUCUUUGCUGAGGGAAUAUUUGAGGGUGAGAGUCAUGUUGUUCACCCCAGUGUCCAGAACCUGUCAGGCUGUGUCCGAGUUCCCAUCGUCCCCCCAAAAGAUAUUCCAGUGGAUCUGCACAUCAAAGCCUUUGUUGGCGGGAGGACCAGCACUCAGUUCCACGUGUUCGAAAUCACUCGCCAGCUGCCGCGUUUCUCCAUGUAUGAGAUCACAGAGGACUCGUCUGCUGCGCCUCCUGCUGGGAGAGUUUCCUUCAGCAUCAACGAGCGACCGCAGAGGGUAGUAAUGUGGCUCAAUCAGAACUUCCUGCUUCCAGAGGUGAUAGAGAGUCCCAAUGUGUCGUUUAAUUCUCUCCGUGGAGGAGGAUGCAUGUCUUUUCAUAUGGCCAGUAAUGGACAGAUCACCCUGAGUACCGAUGAUAUUGAUCUAGCAGGGGAUCUGGUCCAGUCCCUCGCCUCCUUCCUGGCGAUAGAGGACCUGUCGGUGGAAGCAGACUUUCCGUCAUACUACGAGGAGCUUCGAACAACACUCACUGAGGUAGACGAGUUUCACUCUGUGCAUCAGAAGUUGACCGCUGACAUGGCUGACCACUCAAACUACAUCAGAAACAUGUUGGUCCAGGCGGAGGACGCUCGCCUCAUGGCUGACAUGAGAACGAUGAAGAAGCGUUACAGGGAGCUGUAUGAUCUGAACAGGGAUCUCAUCAAUGAAUACAAGAUCCGUUCUAACAAUCACAACGCCCUGCUGGCCCGUCUCAAGUCUGUCAACCAGGCCAUCCAGCGGGCCGGUAGACUCCGAGUGGGGAAACCCAAGAACCAGGUGAUCGCUGCCUGCAGAGAUGCCAUCAAGAGCAACAACGUCAACGCCCUCUUCAGGGUCAUGAGGGCCGGCACUGCAUCUUCUUGAGGCCAGCCGGAGGAACCGGGCUGUAGAACCCGACGUCGAUGAGCGCUAUAAAGGACAAGUGUUACACAUGGAAAAUGUGCAUAAGAUUGUAGGAGCGUGGGACAAACACUAGUUCAGCCUUAAAGUUGAUGAAGCAACAACUAGGCAGCAACACUGGGAACCACUGCAGUAAGACGUGAAGCUGUAAUGAAAACAGACCUAGAGCUGUUGUUUAGUUGUGUGGCUAGUUAGACGGGUUUGACUUAGUGCAGCACAGUUGACCACUAUCUACACUCACUCCCACUCAUGUUUGCCUGCAUCUGUACUACGGGCUCACAGCUGAAUAAAGCCGUUUAGUCUCUUAGCGCCGUUCCAGGCAAUGUGGCACUUGUGUUUGAAAAUGUUUAAGCUUCAGGAAAAGCCAUGUGAAUGUUUGGACCAAAUGACUGUGUUGGAUCUGAUCCCCGGUUGUUGAAUCCAGCUGACUCAGUGAGGUUUGGAGAGGAGACAGCUGGAGCGAGACACGGAGCAGCUUCAGAGUCCUCAGGGUCCUGAGGAUUCAGCUCUCAGAGUCGAGUUUUUCGCCAAAGAAAAUUCUUUUAAAUUUCUCUGAGUGUGA